UAGCACAUGACGGGGUUAGAUAGUUUCCUUCAUAACAUGAGCUCCGUGGUUCUUUUUCCAACAACCUUGCUUCUCAACCGUGACCUUGACUCAACUCAACAACUCAUCGCAUUCUUAGCCGUUGAUACCAUCAACAUGGCACACUCUACAUCUUCCUCCCGCGCCAGCGCCUUAGCCCUACCUCUCCGUAAGAGAGCCAUCCCUCACCACUCUUCCAUUUCCCCCACUCGCCGCGCCUCCCUUCUAUCUACCCUCCCCGUUUCCCCUGCCCAAGAUCAGGACAACUUAGCGGAUCUAGCAUCAGCAUGGAACGAUCUAACCCUCUCUCAAUACCCCGAAGGUCUCGACGAUAAAGUGCAACGCUACCGAGACUGCUACUACAUCAAGUUACUGGAUGUACUCAAUACCGCUGCACUGUUGCUCUACGCAGAAGAACCCUUGUCGGACCUGGCAACAGCCUGGGAGAAAAAGGUUUGGUGCGAGACGUACAAGGGUGCGUAUGAUCUAGACGCUUAUGAGGAUGCUAUGGAGAAGCAAAUUGACGAUUUAGAAUUUUGGAUUGAAGAGUGGGAGGACGGAGAUGGGAAGGAGGUGUUUGGAGAUUACGUGAUUGCAAAUUUUGGAGAGCUAGGGCAAGAGGUUAUGAACGCGGUUGUGCAGGGUGAGAAUGAGGAGAGAGAGAUAGAGGUGGAUCUGGACAUGGACAUGGAAGGAGAAGACCGGGACGUUGGGGAGGAGGAUGUCUCAUCGGUGAACCUCUGCGCGGAUGAUUCUGGCUCGGAGUUCUAUGAUGUGUAGAUCGAGUUCGUUCGAGAUGCU